AUGGGUUUUCGUAAUGUUUGCAUCGCAGUUACAGCAGUGCUGUUGCCAUUUUUCAUGACUGUGCACCUGUCCGAGGCUGACAGCUGGGUGUUACUUGCAGGGGAAGAAAACUCCACCAAGAACAAACUUUUCGUUUUAAGGGAAUCUUUGCAGAGGGUUCAUGUCCCCGCCGAGGGACCUAGUCCGGUCCCCAACGUCCUUGGCCCUAGGAGUCCUGCCCAUCCUCCAAUCAACGGGGCCGUCCCUUGUCCUAGGGGUCGUGCCCAUCCUGCAAUCAAUGGGGUCGUUGCUGCUUUUGUUAUUUCUACUGUGGUGCUGAUCAUUGCUGUUACAGCCAUUAUAUGUGUCAUUAUUAACUGCGUGAAAAAGUCUGGAAGUUCUAUUCCAAUUUCUGCCAAGAUAAUGAGUAGUAACAAUACCGACAACGAUUCCAACAACAAAGUAGCAGUGGACUUGAGACAUGAUCAAUUUCCAGUAGCUUUUGAUUCCCAGGCUGAGUUUCCAACAAUCAAAGGGUUUCUAAGAAACAUGGCAAGGGAGAAGCCUAUAACUUACUCAGCAAAGCAAAUUGCAGAAUUCACACAUAACUAUAGCUACUCUAAUAUAUUAGGUUCAGGUGGUUUUGGAGUAGUAUAUAAAGGGCUUCUCGAAAAUGGAGUACAAGUGGCUGUCAAGGUCCUUACCAACCACAAUAGGGCUAAGAUAGUUGAAGAGCAGUUUAUGGCAGAAGUUGGAACCUUGGGAAGAACUUACCACGUCAAUCUGGUUAGACUCUAUGGCUUCUGCUUUGCCCCAGAAAUGAAAGCCCUCGUCUACGAGUACAUGGAGAAAGGUUCUCUUGACAAGUUAUUGUUCAGUGACAAUGGAGAAGUAGAUUUAGAGAAGCUGCAUGUUAUUGCAGUCCAAACUGCAAAAGGGUUGGCUUAUUUGCAUGAGGAGUGUGAACAAAAAAUCAUUCACUAUGAUAUUAAGCCCGAAAAUGUACUUCUGGAUGAGAACUUGAAUCCUAAGGUUGCGGAUUUUGGACUCGCCAAGCUUUGCAAUAGAGGGAGUAGUCGAAUGCUCCUAACCAAUUUCAGAGGGACAGCUGGAUAUGCAGCCCCAGAGAUGUGGAUGCCUUAUCCUGUGACUCACAAAUGUGAUGUUUACAGUUUUGGUAUUCUUCUCUUUGAGAUUGUUGGAAGAAGAAGACACUGCGACGAUAAUUUGAGCCAGUCCCGAGACUGGCUACCUAAGUGGACAUGGAACAUGUUUGAGAAAAAUGACUUAGCAACACUAUUAUUGCGCUGUGGGAUCGAAGAGAGAGACAGGGGAAAAGCAGAGAGGAUGUUAAUGAUAGCUUUGUGGUGCAUUCAGCAUUCACCAGAAGCAAGGCCUCUCAUGAGCAAUGUAGCGCAAAUGUUGGAGGGGCAUAAAGAAAUUACUCCACCUCCUUGCCCCUUUGAACAUUUGCAAUCUGCACAACUGAAUUUCAGUCAAAAUAGUGGAACAGAUGACGACACUAGUACUUUGGCAUCAACCACAAUGAUUGAUCCACACCCUAGUGUGGCACAUGAAAUUGAGCUAGUUGUCGAAUAGG